CAAGUCUAUCUUCAACAAAGUCACAGCCAUCAUCAACCGAUCCGCCACCACCACCAGACCGUUCACAGAGAUCUGUAUGUUGGAGCGCGAGGGAUGCCUAUUUCACUUGUUUGCGAGGUCAUCACCAGAAAGAGGUGGAAUUUAAAAAAACAACCAAGUAUUAUUUUGUCCCUGGGGAAGAACCAAAAUCGAUAUGCGAACGGGAAAGGAGUGAAUAUCAUAAUGAUUGCGUGCAUAGCUGGGUCGAACACUUCAAUCAAAGAGUCGUGAAUGAGCAACGUUCUACCGCCACUCGCCUUGCCCUUCAAAACCCUAACUCGUCAGGACCCCGUUGAAUCAUACUUCACGAGUUUGAUCAAAUACUACUUACUUAAAUGCAUUCACCUCGAGUCCUCUGGCGAUUGGCGUCCAGCUAUAUGUUCAUCAAGACAUCGCGACCAAUCCUUGAAAGCUGAUCGAAAUACCGGUUUUAACAGAGUCCAUCUCAGCUCAGGAAUUGCUUACUUUAAUCACACGCCUAACAAGAAGGCCGCUUAAAAAUGUAGCAGGGCUACGAUAAGACCGGCGUCAGAAUCCCAAUGCAAACAAUGCAACAAUUGGUCAAAGCCAUACUUCCUUAC